AUGUCUUCAAGUUCAUCUUCAACUACAACGGCUAGUAACAGUAAUACAUCUGAUAAGAAAGCAAUAUUUACUGAUACUGAAAUUGAUGCAUUUCAAGGUCUUGAUGUAUCACGCUUAUCUUCUGAAGAUAUUAUUGCUCGAACACGUUUAUUAGAUAAUGAAAUAAAAAUUAUGAAAAAUGAUAUUGUUCGAAUUUCACAUGAAACACAAUCAACACGUGAUAGAAUAAAAGAAAAUAAAGAUAAAAUAAAAGUUAAUAAAACACUACCAUAUCUUGUAUCAAAUGUUAUUGAAUUAUUUGAUCUUGAUCCACAAGGUGAAGAAGAUGAAGGUGCAAAUAUUGAUCUUGAUGCUCAACGUAAAGGAAAAUGUGCUGUUAUUAAAACAUCAACACGACAAACUUACUUUUUACCAGUUAUUGGUCUUGUCGAUCCUGAAGAAUUAAAACCAGCUGAUUUAGUAGGUGUUAAUAAAGAUUCAUAUUUGGUAUUAGAAAAAUUACCUGUUGAAUAUGAUUCACGUGUAAAAGCUAUGGAAGUUGAUGAAAGACCAACAGAACAAUAUGGUGAUAUAGGUGGUUUAGAUAAACAAAUUCAAGAAUUAAUCGAAGCUGUUGUUUUACCAAUGACACAUAAAGAUCGUUUUGAAGCACUUGGUAUACAACCACCAAAAGGUGUUCUGCUCUAUGGUCCACCGGGAACUGGUAAAACAUUAUUAGCUCGUGCAUGUGCUGCACAAACUAAAUCAGCUUUUCUCAAGUUGGCUGGACCACAACUUGUACAAAUGUUUAUUGGUGAUGGAGCUAAAUUAGUUCGUGAUGCAUUUGCAUUAGCAAAAGAAAAAGCACCAGCUAUUAUUUUUAUUGAUGAAUUAGAUGCUAUUGGAACAAAACGUUUUGAUAGUGAAAAAGCUGGUGAUCGUGAAGUACAACGAACAAUGCUUGAACUUCUUAAUCAGCUUGAUGGUUUUCAACCUAAUCAUGAUAUUAAAGUUAUUGCUGCAACAAAUCGUGUUGACAUUCUUGAUCCAGCACUUUUACGUUCUGGUCGACUUGAUCGAAAAAUUGAAUUUCCACAUCCAAAUGAAACGGCUAGAGCACGUAUUAUGCAAAUUCAUAGUCGAAAAAUGAAUACAAACAAGGAUGUAAAUUUUGAAGAACUAGCUCGUUGUACAGAUGAUUUUAAUGGCGCACAAUGUAAAGCUGUUUGCAUUGAAGCUGGUAUGAUUGCUUUACGUCGAGGAGCUGUCGAAGUUCAACAUGAAGAUUUUAUGGAUGCUAUUCUCGAAGUACAAGCAAAAAAGAAAAUGAAUUUGAAUUAUUAUGCUUGA